AUGCCAAGAUUGGGUUCUCGUCACGGUACCAGUCCUUUCAUCUGGUGUGCAGCCAUCAUUUGUGCCAUAAUAUCUGUUGCUGUAAUCAUUGGGGGCAUUGUGAUCUUCGUUGGUUACAUGGUGAUUCACCCGCGAGUACCCAUCAUUAGUGUCUCGGAUGCUCACCUCAACCUCUUAAAGUAUGAUAUAGUUGGAGUCUUGCAAACGGAAAUAAGGAUUGUGAUUCGCGCAGAGAAUGAUAACGCUAAGGCUCACGCCUUGUUUGAUAAAACCGAGUUUAAGCUAAUCUAUGAAGGUAAAACGAUUGCAUAUUUAAGACAAGAUGAGUUUGAAGUUAAUAAAGAGAGAUCAGUGUACUCUGAAUACACGGUUCAGUCAUAUCCAAUACCAUUAAAUCCAACAAUGAUGCAAGCCAUAGACUAUGCGGUUAAACAAGAUGUGAUUACGUUCGAGCUCAAAGGUGGUUCGAAGACUCGAUGGCGAGUUGGACCGUUGGGAUCGGUCAAGUUCGACUGUAGUCUUAGCUGUGACCUUAGGUUUAGACCGUCUGAUCAUAGUUACAUCCCAUCUCCUUGCACUUCGGCUCAUAAGCAUUAG